AUGUUGCGCUUUCCGACCUGUUUCCCGUCUUUCCGGGUGGUGGGAGAGAAGCAGUUACCGCAGGAGAUCAUUUUCCUGGUUUGGUCUCCCAAGCGGGACCUCAUAGCUUUGGCCAACACAGCGGGCGAGGUUUUACUUCAUCGACUUGCAAGUUUCCACCGGGUCUGGAGUUUCCCUCCAAAUGAAAAUACAGGAAAGGAAGUGACCUGCCUUGCCUGGAGACCAGAUGGCAAACUUUUGGCCUUUGCUCUUGCUGACACCAAAAAAAUUGUUUUGUGUGAUGUGGAGAAACCUGAGAGCUUGCAUUCCUUUUCCGUGGAGGCUCCCGUUUCUUGUAUGCAUUGGAUGGAAGUGACAGCAGAAAGCAGUGUUCUCACAUCCUUCUAUAAUGCUGAGGAUGAAUCAAAUCUUCUCUUACCUAAACUACCCACGUUGCCCAAAAAUUAUAGCAGCACCUCCAAAAUAUUUAGUGAAGAAAAUUCUGAUGAAAUUAUUAAGCUCUUGGGAGAUGUCAGGCUUAAUAUUCUUGUCCUUGGAGGAAGCUCUGGAUUUAUUGAGCUUUAUGCUUACGGAAUGUUCAAAAUUGCUCGAGUCACAGGGAUUGCUGGUACUUGCCUUGCAUUAUGCUUAUCAAGUGAUUUGAAAUCGUUAUCUGUGGUCACAGAGGUUUCAGUUGAUGGUGCUUUUGAAGUUUCAUACUUUCAGCUGGAAACCGACCUCCUGUAUUCUUUCUUACCUGAGGUGACCCGGAUGGCCAGGAAGUUCACUCACAUCUCAGCUCUUUUGCAGUAUAUAAACCUGUCACUCACAUGCAUGUGUGAAGCAUGGGAAGAAAUACUGAUGCAGAUGGAUUCCCGGCUCACCACAUUUGUGCAGGAAAAGAACACGACCACAUCGGUGCAAGACGAAUUCAUGCACCUGCUGCUAUGGGGGAAAGCAAGUGUUGAACUUCAGACCCUCUUAAUGAGCCAGCUGACUGUGAAGGGCUUAAAGAAGCUGGGCCAGUCUAUAGAGUCAUCCUAUUCCAGCAUACAGAAACUGGUGAUAAGUCACUUACAGAGUGGCUCAGAGUCUCUUUUAUACCAUUUGAGUGAACUGAAAGGAAUGGCAUCAUGGAAGCAAAAAUACAAACCUCUCGGACUAGAUGCGGCAGGCAUCGAAGAUGCUAUUACUGCGGUGGGUUCUUUCAUACUCAAGGCAAACGAACUUCUUCAAGUUAUCGAUAGCAGUAUGAAAAACUUCAAAGCAUUUUUUCGGUGGCUCUAUGUGGCAAUGCUGAGAAUGACAGAAGACCACGUGCUUCCUGAGUUGAAUAAGGUUAUGACCCAGAAAGAUAUCACAUUUGUUGCUGAUUUUCUUACUGAACAUUUCAACGAGGCUCCCGACCUGUAUAAUCGGAAAGGCAGAUACUUCCAUGUUGAAAAAGUUGGGCAGUACUUGAAAGAUGAAGAUGAUGAUCUUGUGUCUCCCCCUAACACAGAAGGGAACCAGUGGUACGACUUUCUUCAAAAUAGCAGCCACCUUAAAGAAAGUCCUUUGCUGUUUCCUUAUUAUCCACGAAAAUCAUUGCAUUUUGUGAAAAGGCGGAUGGAGACCAUCAUUGAUCACUGUUUGCAGAAGCCAGCAGAUGUAAUUGGACAGUCGAUGAAUCAAGCAAUCUGUAUUCCUUUAUAUAGAGAUGCUAGAAGUGGAGACUGUACACGGAGGCUAUUCAAAUUCCCAUUUCUGUGGAAUAAUAAAACUUCAAAUCUCCAUUAUCUUAUUUUUACUAUUUUAGAAGAUUCACUUUAUAAAAUGUGUAUCUUAAGGAGGCCUACUGAUAUUUCACAAUCUGUAAGUAAUGCUCUAGUGGCUAUUCAAUUCGGGAGCUUCACCUAUGCUACAACUGAAAAAGUGAGGAGAAGUACCUACAGUUGUUUGGAUGCACAGUUUUAUGAUGAUGAAACUGUGACAGUAGUUCUUAAAGAUACUGUAGGACGUGAAGGAAGAGACAGACUCUUGGUCCAAUUGCCGCUGUCUUCCGUGUACAAAAGUGAAGAUUCUGCAGACUGUCAAUUCAGUGGGACUUACUCUACAAGACUUGAUGAGCAGUGCGUUGCCAUCCCCACGCGUACCCUGCAUUUCGAGAAACACUGGAGGCUGCUGGAGAGUAUGAAAGCGCAGUAUGUGGCCGGAAAUGGCUUUCGAAAAGUAUCCUGUGUGUUAAGUUCAAAUCUCCGUCAUGUGCGAGUAUUUGAGAUGGACAUAGAUGACGAAUGGGAGCUCGAUGAGUCCUCUGACGAAGAGGAAGAGGCCGGAAGUGAGCCUGUUAAAAUCAAGGAAGAAGUGCAGGCGGAGGUGGACGACCAGACGGCCAGCGCUGCUGCUGCCGUCACGGCGCCUCCUGAGGUGGUAAUGAAGGUGGAGAAACCCGAGCUGGAGUCGUAA